AUGGUAUCUCCAAACUCUGGCGCUUCGGUUCCAGAUCUCGUCGCCAUAGGAAACGAGCAGGAAAGCGUUCAAAAAUGGCAACAGAGAUGCGGCAUUGACAAGAAAGAACAGGUUCGCUUAGUGAAGCUGGCACAUAUGCGAUAUCAACAUCCUGAUCUUGACCAAAUCACGACGUUCCUCGAAGACUUUGGCAUGGCCGUGGAAAAGAGAACAGAUGAUGAAGCGUGGUUUCGCGGCUAUGGCGAUGACCAAUACGUCUACUAUGCUCGCAAAGGACCCAAGAAGUAUCUAGGAGGCACUUUUACUGUAGAGUCUUAUGCAGAUUUGAAAAAAGCUGCACAGCUUCCGGGUGCCAGUCCAGUUCAGCACCUCGUGAAUGCCCCAGGUGAGGGGCAUCUUGUUACAGUCAGAGAUCCUGAGGGAUUUCCUCUGAACCUCAUUUUUGGGCAGACGCCGGCUCAGAAAAAGGCCUUUCCCGAGAAACUUACCUUGAAUUAUGAAGAUGAAAAACCACGUAUCCGCAAAUUUCAAAGGUUCAACCCUGGCCCAGCAGCUGUACACAAGCUUGGGCACUUUGGCGUCUGUACUCAGCGCUUUGAGGAGCUAGUCUCAUUCUAUACCACGAAGUUCAACCUUGUUCCAACUGAUUUUCUCUAUGUCGAGAAAGCAGGAGAGAAGCAAAACGUGGCGCUCUUCGCCCACAUCGAUCGUGGAGAGGAGUACGUGGAUCAUCACAGUUUUUUCAUGAGCACCAAUGCCACUACCCAUGUCCAUCAUUGCUCUUUUGAGGUGCAUGACUUUGAUACUCAAAAACUUGGACAUCAAUGGCUUGCUGGUAAGAAUUAUGAGUCGGUUUGGGGCGUCGGUCGGCAUAUUCUUGGAUCUCAGAUUUUUGACUAUUGGUGGGACACUACGGGCAAUAUGAUUGAACACUAUGCGGACGGUGAUCUUGUCAAUAAUCAGACUCCUAUUGGGUACGGUCCGGCUGGCGACGAGUCGUUGGCCAUCUGGGGGCCCGAAGUUCCUGCGUGGUUUUUGAAAUAA